UCCACAGCCUAUCAGGAUUUUUUUGCUACGUCUGCGCUUCCCUCUGGACAAUCUAUCUGUUCCGCCUGAGAUCGCACUUCUAUAGCUGUCGAAGUCCUACUUUACGUCGUUGGAAUCGUGAUAACUUGUCUUUCCGGCAGCGUCACACCUUCCCCGCGACGCAAAAAUGAGCAAAACCGAUGCCGACCUCUCCGUCUCCAUCCGGAAGGCAACUUCCUUGGAGGAGACCGCUCCCAAGCGCAAGCACGUUCGAAGCUGUAUCGUGUACACCUGGGAUCACCGAUCAUCUGCUGCCUUCUGGGCCUCCAUGAAGAUUCAGCCCGUGCUGGCCGACGAAGUUCAGACCUUUAAGGCAUUGAUCACUGUCCACAGAGUUCUUCAAGAAGGUCAUCCGAACACUUUGAAAGAGGCUCAGAACCAAGUCAGCUGGAUUGAGAGCUGCGCUCGCAGCACCCAGGGCGAGGGUCUCAAAGGAUACGGACCUUUGAUUCGAGAAUACGUUGAUUUCUUGCUCGAUAAGCUUCGAUUUCAUCGAAACCACCCCGAGUUCAAUGGAACUUUUGAGUACGAGGAGUACAUCUCUCUCAAGACCAUCAACGACCCGAAUGAAGGAUAUGAAACGAUUUCUGAUUUGAUGAAUCUCCAGGACCAGAUCAACACCUUCCAAAGACUUAUAUUCAGCCACUUUAGACCCGGAUCGUCUAACGAGUGCCGAAUUUCCUCCUUGGUGGCGUUGGUUCACGAGUCUUAUGGAAUCUACAAGUUUGUCACGUCCAUGCUUCGCGCUAUGCACGCCACGACCAAUUCGGAUGACGCGUUGGAGCCUUUGAGAAUCAGAUAUGAAGCUCAGCAUCAUAGACUGCAUAAAUUCUACUACAACUGCUCGAACUUGAGAUACCUCACCAGUUUGAUUUCGAUCCCGAAGCUCCCUAGAGACCCUCCUGAUCUCUUCAAAGACGAUGACGAUAUCGAAGGAGGUGCGCCCUCUCUCCCUCGCCGUCCGGCUAUCGAAGAAUUCCCUAGCACACCCGAGCCUGAUCCGAACGAGCUUUAUGCCCAGCAGCUAGCCGCUCAACAACGUGAAUACGAGGAAGAGCAACGACGACUGGCUGCUCAGCGUGAGCGCGAACUCCACCAACAGCAGCAGCUUGCUCUCCAGCAGCAACGUGAGUUUGAGGAGCAGCAACGUCUAGCUGCCGAGCAGCAACGUCUUGCUCAGGAGGAGCUCAUGCGACAGCAGCUCCAAAACCAAGCUCAAGGCAGAGCUGCGGAGCUGGAGCGCGAUAUUUUGGCUCUUAGAGGACAGUAUGAUCAAGAUCAGCUCAUGCUGGAAAGAUACGAUAACCGCGUCAGAGCGCUCGAGAAUGAGAUCCAGCAACUGAACCAAACGACCUCCCAGCAGCUUUCUUCGAAGGAUGACCAGAUCAAAUCUCUACAGGAGCAGCUUGCGGCCUGGAAGUCCAAGUACGAUUCUCUUGCGAAGCUCUAUUCUCAGCUGAGAAAGGAGCACCUUGACCUUAUGGCCAAGUACAAGGCGAUGCAAGCCAAGGCAGCGUCUGCUCAGGAAGCUAUUGAUCGUAAGGAGAAACUAGAGAAGGAGCUGAAGGCAAAGAACCUGGAUCUUGCCGAUCUUAUUCGUGAGCGCGACAAGGCCAAGCUUGAGCUGGACCGUGUCCGCGGCGGUCAAACCGACGAGGUUGGAAAGCUCAACCGCGAGAUUGAUGACCUCAAGAGCAAGCUCGAGGCAUCCGAGCGUGCUAAAGGCACUGAGCUGUCUUCUCUGUUGGCGCGCCAUAACCGUGAGCUUGAUGACCUUGAGUCGCAGUUGCACUCAAAGCAGCGGGCAUUGGAUGAUCUCUCUGAUAGAGUACAGGGAUUCGACUCCGAGUCUGACAAACUGCUUCGCGAGAAAGAGCAAGAGCUGGAGGUGUACAAGGCUGGUAUGGAUGAAGCCUUGAGACAGCUUAGUGAGCUCCAACUCAGCCAGCAGGAUACGGACAGAGCGAUGGACGGUCAGAUCGAUGGCAUUCUCAUCGAGCACAUUGGCAAGCUCAAUUCUAUUAUCGACGCUGUUCUUCAGGCAGCUGCGCAGCGAGUCGCUGAUGCGGUUUACGAAUUGGACUCUCCUAUGAAUGCCGGUAACCAGAACUCGUCUCCCAGCUAUCUGUUGUCUAUGGUUGAAAAGGGUUCUGCUUCUGCCACUGAGUUUGCGACUGCAUUCAACAACUUUUUGGCUGAUGGACCUAACGGUGACCACUCAGAAAUCAUCAAGACGUCUACUAUCUUCUCGAGUGCCAUCGCUGAUAUUCUGAUCAACGCAAAGGGCCUCACGCGUCUUGCUGCUGAUGAGAAACGGGCAGAUAUGAUUAUUAACGUCGCGCGGGAAAGCGCAAUUGCGUCUGAAAAAUGCUUUACCAGUCUCUUUUCCGACAAGCUGGCGCCGCUCAAUAUCGACCAGAAGACUGAUCGCGUGAUUUCGAACAAUCUUGAUGUUCAGACGCUUCUCCAGCGCCUCAGCAAGAUUGCCGAAUCUUUCGCACCUUCUAGAUCGGUUGCUUCCAACGGUCUUAAUGGUGGCGAUCUGGGUGAGUUGGUUGAGAAGGAGAUGAGCAACGCUGCUGAGCAGAUUGCAAAGGCUGCUGCUCGUCUGACGCAGCUGAUGGCAAAGCCCAAGAACCCUGGUCUUUCUUCGUUUGAUUUGAAGAUCCACGAUGCUAUUCUUGGUGCCGCUAUUGCUGUGACGAACGCCGUUGCGGCGCUCAUCAAGGCUGCCACUGAGUCACAGCAGGAAAUCGUGGCCCAAGGUCGUGGAACCAGCUCCAAGGCUGCUUUCUACAGAAAGCACAACCGAUGGACCGAGGGUUUGAUUUCCGCCGCCAAGGCUGUUGCAACUUCUACCAAUGUCUUGAUCGAGACAGCGGACGGUGUUGUCAGCGGCAACAACUCUUUGGAGCAACUCAUUGUUGCCUCGAACGACGUCGCUGCCUCCACCGCUCAGCUUGUUGCUGCCUCGCGCGUCAAAGCGUCGUUCAUGUCGAAGGCUCAAGAUAGACUUGAAGUCGCGAGCAAAGCCGUCAACUCGGCCUGCCGAACCCUGGUGUCCCAGGUCCAGGCUAUCUUGCAGCAAAGAGGAAGAGGAGAGGAUGAGUUUGACAAGGUGGAUUAUAGUAAGCUGUCGGCGCAUGAGUUUAAGAGACGGGAAAUGGAGCAGCAGGUUGAGAUUUUGAAGUUGGAGAAUGAGUUGUCUUCUGCGCGGAAGACUCUUGGUGAGAUUAGAAAGGUUAGUUAUCGUCAGGAUGAGUAGGGUCUGUAUCUUAGCGAAGGUGUACCACAAAUAUUCUGCACUCUAGUUUCUGUUAAGAUGUUUAACAAGAUAAGUUGGUUAAAAGGUAAUUCUCAUAUGCCAUUUUCGUGAUCCCACUAUGAUACAUCACUCCUCUCAACCUGAUCCAAACGUUCUGCACAACUAAUAUAUAUGAAAUGGAUAUGAGCCAACUGCUCCCUCCAAAGAGUUGUUGUCAAUGCUUGCUGCUGCAAUGUGUUAGCAUUCUACCUGAUUGAACAAGAUAAGCCUCAAUAAAAAUUACUUACUGUUUGCUGCCGGAGGCCUAUAC